AUGGCAUUAGAAGAUAGAUGCAGUCCUUCGAGCGCGUCAACUCCAGGUCCAAAAGCUUCGAGCGAUCGUCCUGGAUCCGACGGAAAUGCGGUUCGGGUAACGUCUCCUCCUACUCCAUCAUCGGUAAAGGAUAAUGAUAAUCGUCAAACGAAAUUUGACGAGGGUUACGAAUUAAAGAGAAAAAUUAAAAUGGAACCCGAUGUCGAAGUAGAUAAUUACGAAGAAAAAAAAAUUAGAAUUUGGAGAAAAAUAUCGGAUGAGGAACAUGAUGAUUCGAAAUCAUCAAAUUCCGAUUUGGAAAAACGUCUUUCUCCAGGAGGUUAUGUUAAAACGACGUCUUUUUCUCCGGAAAUAAUUCAAAGGUUUUCAUCGUAUUCGAUCGAAAGGUUCGUCAAUUCGGAUAUCGGUCGUUGUGGCGGUGGUGAAAACAGUUCGGGAAAUGGAAUUAUACAAUCUAACGGACAAUAUCCGAUGGAUGUUAAUAAUGGUAAUUAUUUAAAUGUUCCUCUUUUCAUGUCGAAAACGCAUAAAAAUGUAACAAUGUUGAAUUCGUCGCAUCAAAAAGUUAGCAGGACACCAGAAAACGAUAUAUUAAAACCGGAUUUCGGUUCAAAAUACAUUCAGAAAAAUUGUGAAAUAUGGAAUCCGUUAAAGCGAACGGUAACACCGAUCAUAAGAACAAGUGACGAACUAAGAAAACCUAAUAGAACUGUACAAAAUAGAACAAAUCGAAGUUUCGAUAUAGCAAGAUUAACGGAAACAGAUUCGGUAAAAAAUUCAUCUCAGGAAGAAUACGGUAAAAGAAGGCAUAGCGAUGCGGUACCCAUAGAGCCACCAAAAUUACAAGAAAGACGAAAAACGACAGAAUCGGAUGUCCCGAGAUUGUUACCGGAAGUAACGAAAGAAAGUCCAACGAGGAUACCAUUACCAUCACCGGCAGCUAGUUCAUCGUCAGAAGGAGAUCAAAGCAUAGGUGGUAAAGGUACCGAAUUAUGGCCAGCAUGGGUUUAUUGUACCAGAUACUCGGAUCGUCCAUCUUCAGGAAAUUUUUACAAAAAGGAAAGCCUAAUGACUUUUUAA